AUGACUCUUAAGUCACCACAACGUGUUUGUGUCAUUGAUGAAAACCUAGCCUGGAAUAAUCUAAUAUAUUUGGCAGUUGAGAUUGAGGAGGCAAAAAAGAAAAAACGGCUAGAACACGAAUUGAGGCCGUCUAUUCAAGAAAAACUUAUCAGAUAUAUAGGCCAGGAUAAAAAAAAAGGCUGUGAAUUUGAUCUAACAGUUAACUAUAUCCUUAUAUUAAAACAUAUUCAAGAAGACAAAUACGCAUUAUGUCUUAUUGAAAUGAAAUUCGAAUGGGAUCAGCCAGGAGAUAUAUCCCAGUGGACAGUAGAUCGAAUCCACAAUAGUUUAGG